AUGGCUGCUGAGUUGUCUUUGGCUGCGCAGAUCCGUGUUCAUGGGGCUGGGCCAUUGAAACCUACGCCAGAACGUCACGGAAAAGCUCCUCCAGACGUAACAAUCGCUCAGAUGAUGGACAGCCUAAAUUCAUAUAUGGAAAAACGGCUUGGACUAAGGAAAUGCGAUGACGACAUCCAAUGGAAAUACAACAUUAAACCUUCCGAGGACAGACUCUGGACCUUACCUGACAUGAAAAAGGCCUGGGGAAAGACACAACAGAUGUCUGCAAGCAGCAGACGAGACGGAUGGUCUGUUAUUUUGUGCAAGCAAAUUAGACAACAUCUGCAUAACUGUGAAACCCAAAGACUGAAACGUGAAAUCAUUGCAGAAAAAACAAAGGUCAAAUCAUUAUCUUCUCUAUUACAAGAGGAGAAGAAAGAAAAAGAGAAACUUUUAGCUGAAAGUCAAAAAUGGCUAAACUUAAUCUCAAUCCAACUACAACCAAAAGACUAUGGCGAGGACACACCGACUGCUGAACCUGUGACAAAGGACUCCACGCCAAAGACGACCGCUUCAGCAAAGGUUAGGCUUGCUCCUGUAGUAAUCAAACACCGGAGAACUGAAGUGGAAGUUCAAAGUGAAGAGGAGUUUGAGGAGGACGGCCAGAGACGGACUCGCACUGUGACAAAGAAGGUCAAAAGAUACAUCCCAUGUAAGACUUAUCAACCAGCCACACCGGAACAAAUUGAUAAGUGGUCCAAGGAUUUACCAGAUGUAUAUAAACAACCACGCAAGUCAUGGCAAGUUCUUGAACGCUUACGAAAAAUUUACACUCUACACCCACUAGACGCUGCUAUGAUCCUGAAUUUGAACUUAAGAGACAGCGAUCAAAAGAAGCUCAAUGAAAGUGUAGAGACAAUGGUGGGUGAGUCACAAGAUAAUAUUGACACAGGAUGGGAAGCUGUACGAACCUUUUUAUGUGAACUGAAACGUGCAGAAAUCAACUGGGCAAAAAUUACUGCAUGCAUGCAGAAAGUGGGGGAAAGUGUUGCAGAGUAUGAAGAACGCUUCACACAGAUUUGGCUGGAACAUGCUGGCUUAAACGACGGUGAUGAUCUGAGCAAGGACACUGGCAUGCCCUUGAAAACGGCAUUCAUGAAUGGAUUAAAACCAGAGAUAUCCAAAGCCCUUAAAGUCCGUUAUGAUGACUGGGAUGGUGUUGGGACAGCUUUCAAUCAAGUUGUAGACUGGUCAGCAAGAAUUGAGAGGACACAGGAUGCCAAACUCAGAGCCUUGCAAUCUAACGCUCUAAGGUACAAAAAAACUGGACCUGAACACAAGGAUUUGAAGGGCAGGAGACAUGACCUGAACAAAACAAGAGGUGGACAUUGUUAUUACUGCCACAAGCAAGGACAUUGGAGUAAAGAAUGCAAAAUAAGGCUCAGAGACCAAAGCGAAAAUGAUAAUGAUUUAGACAGAAAGUUCCAACAGCUAACUGAGGAACAAAAACGAACUCUUCUCAAGGCUGUUGAGCCGCAGGAAAACUAG